CCGGGGCGGGGCGGGCAGAGCCCCGCGGCGUGGCGGCACCCCCCGCCAUCGGCGGCCCCAGCCCCGGCCCCGCCGCCCCGCCAUGCCGCCCGCCCGCGCCGACUACCUGGCGCCCUGGUGGGCGGCCUGGCUGCACGGGCUGCCGCACCGCGGCCUGCGCCUCCAGCCCGUGCCCGCCGUCUUCCGACCGCGGGACCCCGACUACCAGCAGUCGCUGCUUUUCCUGGGCUUGGUGGCUGCCGUCUGCCUCGGCCUCAACCUCCUCUUCCUCACCGUCUACCUGAUCUGCCUGUGCUGCUGCAAGAGGGACCGGGAGCCUGAGACCAAGCGACCCCACUCCUGCUGUGUCACCUGGAUGGCCGUCACCGCCGGGCUCAUCUGCUGCACGGCCGUUGGCAUUGGCUUCUACGGGAACAGCGAGACCAACGAUGGGGUGUACCAGCUGCUCUACGCCCUGGACCACGCUAACCACACCCUGACCGGCAUCGACUCCCUGGUAGCGGGCACCACGCUGCAGAUGCAGGUGGGCUUGGAGCAGCACCUGGCACGGCUGAACGAGCUCCUGGCUGCACGGGGGGACUACCUGCAGACCCUCAAGUUCACGCAGCAGUUAGCUGGCAGCAUCGUCCUGCAGCUCUCGGGGCUGCCUGUCUGGCGGGGCACCAGCGCCGACCUCACCGAGCUGGCCGGCCACGUCGCCUACGUCGAGUAUUACCGGUGGUUGGCUUAUCUCCUCUUCUUCAUCCUCAUCCUCACCGUCUGCCUCCUGGCCUGCCUGGGGCUGGCCAAGCGCUCUCGCUGCCUCCUCACCACGAUGCUGUGCUGCGGGCUGCUGACGCUCAUCCUCAGCUGGGCCUCCAUGGCCGUGGACACGGCAGCGGCGGUGGGCACCAGCGACUUCUGUGUGGCCCCAGACAAGUUCAUCAUGAACCAGACGGAGAGCGAGAUCAGUGCGGAGGUGGUUCACUAUUACCUGUACUGUGACCAGAGCCUGAGCAACCCCUUCCAGCAGGCUCUCACCAUCUUCCAGCGCUCGCUCACCACCAUGCAGAUCCAGAUCCAGGGCCUGAUACAGUUUGCGCUGCCCCUCUUCCCCACAGCCGAGAAAGACCUGCUGGGGGUCCAGCAGCUCCUCAACUCCUCGGAGACCAGCCUGCACCAGCUCACGGCCAUGCUGGACUGCCGAGGGCUGCACAAGGAUUACCUGGACGCCCUUAUCGGCAUCUGCUACGAUGGAGUGGAGGGUUUGCUCUACCUGGUCCUCUUCUCCUUGCUGGUGGCCGCUGCCUUCUCCACCAUCAUCUGCGCCACGCCGCGCGCCUGGAAGCACUUUGCUGGCAGGGACCGGGACUACGACGACAUGGACGAGGAAGACCCCUUCAACCCGCAGGCGCGUCGCAUCGCCACCCACAACCCAGCCCGGGGGCAGCUCCGCAGCUUCUGCAGCUACAGCAGCAGCCUGGGCAGCCAGAGCAGCCUGCACCCCCCGGCGCAGACCAUCUCCAACGCCCCCGUCUCCGAGUACAUGAACCAAGCCGCGCUCUUCGGUGGAAACCCGCGCUACGAGAACGUCCCCCUGAUCGGCAGAGGCUCUCCUCCCCCCACGUACUCCCCGAGCAUGCGAGCCACCUACCUGUCCGUCACCGAUGAGCACGUCAGACACCACAGCACCGAGUUCCCAGCCUAACGCGCUCGCCCCGAGCAGCUCGCGGGAGGAGAAAAUGCCACCGGCGUUUCUGUAACGAAAACCAAAGACACCUGGAAAAGACGCGGUGGGAAGCUUGGCGGCAGCGCCCGGAGGACGAGCCCCGGCGUUGGGGAGCCCUGUGCCCCCCCACGUGCUCUGCGCACCCUCCUCUCCCCUUCGGCAGCUUCUGCUCAGUCUCAAAGUCUUCCUGCCUUACGGCUGACAGCAACUCCAGGGCCGAACACUGGCCGGCAGCGGGGCAGCACCGCAGCCAGGCUCCUGGUGCGCCGGGAAGACCGGAGAUGCUUCACGUCCCUGUAUCAGCUUCUCCUUCCCGCCUGCCCCAGCUCGGGGACGUUCUGUGCCACGGAGAGGAGGCUUCUCCAGCCCCCUCUGCCCGGGACCACGGGGUGCCCCCCAGCUCCAACCCCUCGGGGAGGGGUGCGCAGGGCAGCGGCUCCUUCGCUCCUGUAGCAAUGCAGUACCAACCACUAGUGAUCCCGGCCCCUUCCCGGCGCCCGCCAGCAGCUUUGCCACCCCCCGACGGUGACACCGGCUGCUCCCCGCUGCCAUGGCAUGGGCAGAGCUGGCUCCCCGUGCCUCCCCCCUGCUGUUCCCCCUGCCGGAGCCGGGUUCAGAGGCUGUAGAAUUAGGGAUGUUUUGGCCUUGCUGGUUUUCCUUUGCUUUGCUUUUGGGUUUUAUGAGUUCUCCACAAGGCAGAGGUGUGCUGCCUCUGCCCCAGCGUGGUUUUACUGCGGUGCGUUGUCCUGGCAGGCGUUUGGCUCUUGUGUAGGCUCUUUUUGGUGAUUCGGCUCCCCGGGGCAGGCAGGCCGGCAGUGCGGGCUGGGGCAGGCUCCCCUCCUUCUGCAGGACUGCCCUGGGGUUCGGGAUAUUCGGGCAUCCCUGGGGCAGGAUGCUGUCACGGGGAGGGGAGGGCAUGGUCCUGCCACUGCCCGACUCGCCCGGCGUUGCCAGGGUUUGGGCUAAGAGGCUCGGGGGGCCGAGGAGGAAGAGGGAACCGGCGUGAGCCAAACCGCAUCCUUUGUGGCUGCCCGUUUGGGAAGCUCGGGAGGAUGCGAGCAAAGGCCCCUGCCCCACGGCAGCCUCUCCGCCGACUGGGGAUGGACCCAGAUCUCCCAGCCCAAAGGGUGCAGACAGGGCGAUGGGUAUUUUCCUGCCCACUCGCCCCUCAGGUCCGUCUCCCCCCACCCAGGGCGAGCUCAGCUCUCCUAACCACGUCCAGCACCGCAGCGGUGGCUUAGCCGGGGCUGGAUGCGCCCCAGGGCUCUUCCUCCCUGCAAAGGCCAUACCUUGCCGUGGGUGGGCAAAGGCUUUCCCUCUGAUUGCAAUUAGCGGCCACCUCCUGUGCCGCUGCUGGUGGUUCUCCAUCCCUUGCUCCCUGCUUUGGCUAACAGUGCUGCAGCCGGGCAGACCCCGGGGUGGCCGGGCUGUCCCCCUCGGGCGAGCUGGGGGGGUCUUACUUGAUAGCAGUGACUCACUGUGUCUUUUACAGAUAACGUGUACGUACCCUUCGGUCCCCUCACGCCCUCUGUCCAUGUUACGUGUGACUAGCAUUACUUGCUGUUGGAAACUUCCAGGGGAUUUUUUUUUUUUUUUUUUUUUUUUCAGCUUUUAAUGUUUCGAUGUAACGGUACUGGUAGAAGAGCUGGUUUUAAGCGCAUGUGAACUAACCUCAUCGGGACUCCGACGAGGAGCUGGAGUCCAGCCUGAUUUGUAUGUGCCCUCUGGGGGAAAAGAAAAUAAACACUUGUACUAAACU